CGUACCAGGGCAUUUGGGGGCACUAUGAGCGGUUCACCAUGAAGUAUUAUGAAUUUAUCAAUUGACUAGAAGUUUUUCGGCUUCGUUUUACCUAUGAAUGUUUUUUGUUCAACUAUCUAUUGUUUUUCACUGUUUAUAUAACCACUCUUUGUAAAUGGCCUUUCCAUGCAUCAUAUAAAUGUCUCUUUUGUAAUUGCCUUCAUGUUAUCCUUCAGUUAAUCCUCCUUUUGUGUUCAUUCAGGUUAUACGGUUCUCCAAAAUCAAAAGCUUUUGGUAUUAUUUUCAUGUCUUAGUUUGCUUCAUAUUGUAUUGAAAUAUUAUCUUUGGUUUUCUUAAAGAUCUUGUUAUUUUGUUCUGUCAUUACUUUUAUCUCUGGAAUAGAUACGGAUCCAGCUGUAAAUAAUGAAUUUUUCAAACGUGCCGAAAGAACUCUCCCAUUUGAACGUGUUCUUAAGAUGUGCUUCGGAUCACUCGGCGAAAAAUCCCACUAUCACAUACUACUGUCUGCUGCAUGCAUUUCAAAAAGGUUUAAGUCUGAAUCAAAAAUCACCCCCUAUCAAAGCAUUUUUAACAACUCUCAUGGAUAAGUUAGAAGAACUAAAGAAAAGUAAUUCAAACUGUGAAGAAAUUACGAAUGAAACUGUUGGGAUUCCUUAUGUUGAACAGUAUGCUCUCAAGUUGUUUGAUGCUGCUUACCAAAGGGAUAUAAAUUCCGACUUCGGACCUGCUACUGUAAAAUUAUUUCUUUCAGCUGCUACGCUCUUAGACGUUGUUUCUGGAGUUGGAGAAGUAGGUGAUGAUAUCGAAAAGACUAGAAAGUAUGCCAAAUGGAAGGCCGUUUACAUCAGCAAAUGCUUGAAGUCUGGCGAAGUUCCAGUAGCUGGUCCUAUUCCUAACACCGAAGCUGCUUACACCCCAAAUAUUUCUGGACUAACAGAUACAAAUGAUCUCUUCAAUAAUGAAACAAAUCAACAACCUCAUGAAAUCCCCACCACUUGCAUACCUGAACAACCGCCUAAUCCUGAUCCAUCUCCAUCUGAAUAUAAUAUUACAACAAAAAAGUGGUUGAAUGUAGAAAAAGAUAUCAAAUGUGCAUUGAGUGCAUCAAAUUACCAGGAUAGAGAAACAACCGUGAAAUACUUGAAGCAAGCAUUAAAAUCACUUGGAGUUGAUGUCUAAAUUUUAAAAUGGUGUUUUAACUUUUAAUUUACGAUGCACAGAUGUAUUUUAUAGUGAUUGGAACAUCAUCCCUUUUAUGUGAUAUUUUCUGAGAAUUUAUUUAUUACUGGUAUUUUAACAAGGUAAGCUACAAAUAUUAUGAUGGUUAGAAGAACACGUACCGUUCUGAUUUUAUUUACGUCCAAUUUUUAAAAGGAAAAUACAUCAGAUAAGUAAUUCUAUGGGUUGUGAUUAGUUGAGGCAUUUUAUUUUUUGAGACUGUCACAUCGUUCCAGGGGAUUCAAUUGCAUGACUUUUCUACAUGUUUAGGAGUAGUGGUUAAUUUUUUUGGUAUCGGAUAGAAAAUCCAAUGGAUGAUUUGUUGAACGAAUUCCGUAUGUAUCUUAUUCUUUAUAGUAGUUACAGCUCUUGAUUUAGUGUUUCUUAUGAUUGGACUACUGCUUUAUGUAUUAGGUUGCAAAUGAAAGAAACAUAUUCUGCGUGUUUUACAGGUAAUCUUUGCAAAGUUAUUUUUAUUUGGUUUGCAGUUAGGCAUCUUUCUAAGGUAGAAAACUUUCUAUAUUCAUUUAAACAAUAAACAUAUCACCCAAUGGUGCACAUGAGCUCCAGUACCCUGAGGAAACAAAUUGCGUAUGAACCUAUUGUUGGUCACCGGCUAUCACGCGACUGAAUCUCC